CCGUGACAUAGCUCCUUUUCCGCAAUUGGAGGGUUGCAGGAUGAGCCCAGACACAACAAAAAUAUCCAAGGCGUGUGAGCCGUGCCGCCGGCGCAAAAUCAAAUGCGAUGGGCAGGAGCCAUGCCGGAAUUGUCAGACUCAGCCCUUGGAGUGCGUCUACCGUCUCAAGGCGAGGGUUAGGAUACGGAAGAGAGUGCCAAAAUCUUCCGUUCACCAGGACCGUAGUAGUGAUCUUUUGAAUACAAACGCGGAUCGAUACACAUCAAGAGAAGAUUUUUCUAUCUCGGAAACUGGAACUAGUCGAGCUGAAAUCUACCCGAGCGUUGCUGCUGCAGACAAUGCCCCUCAGUUUAUGGACAGUUCACAGUUAUUCUAUGGCCCCUCAUCCAACUUUGCCUUUCUACAACAACUCCAUAGGUCCAUUUUGCUUCGUGGCCAGCAGAGCCAUGGCCAGAGCCAUGAUUUCCAGGAGGGCGGGCGGGGGUUGGACAUGUUCAUGCAAAGAAACGUAUUCUUUGGCGUGCCCUUGAGAGCCGCCGUACCGGGAAACACUCCGUUGUUUGAUCUCCAGAGUCAAAUGAUACCUAAAGCCCUGGCCACUGCUUUCCUAAACAAUUUCAAAACUUCCAGUCUGCAUAUACUACCUUUUUUCAAUACUGAAGCCCUCGACAACCUUCUUGAUAGCCUAUAUUCGACCAGGCCGGACCCUUCCCUCCAGCCACACAGAAGAGUAUUGUUUCUCAUGGUCCUAGCUAUAGGCGCAUUAAGCUCUACGUGGACCGAGCUGGCCGAUAUUAUAUUUUCACAGGCUAAACAAGAAGCGAUCACACGCGAAGACUCCGUCACGCUCUCGAUGAUACAGUUUUCUCUUCUGGUCACAGAUUACCAACUCAACAUUGGGCGGCCAAACUCAGCUUACUUGCAUGUUGGCAACGCCUGUCGUAAAGCUUUCGCCUUGGGCUUGAACACCGCAUCGGGGAACGCCUUGCUGCGACAAGAGGAAGAAAUAGAAGAGCGUCGCACCACCCUCUGGUGCCUUUACUUCUACGAACAAUGGGUCGCUUUGACAGUAGGAAGGAAAAGCAUGAUGAGAGAGAUAGAUGUUUUAUUACCUUAUCCUGAAAAGCAAACAACCUUGGUCAAUCUAUGCCGCUUUGCAUCUAUAAUCGAAGAAGCCGUUGAAGCAAUUUACAGUCGCAGAUCCGAGUCUCUCCGCAAUUUGUACACCACCGCUCAAGGAAUGUAUACGAAACUCCGUCAAUACGCCGACCGGGAGGGUAUUGGCUCGGCUGCCAUCCCUCAGUAUAAUACGCCAUCAGAGGCUAUGUCAACAUUGAUGCUGCAUAAUAUUUACUUUCACCUCGUCCACACGAUGUUUCGACCAUUUCUCGUGGCUGAGUCUACAGUCCAAAGUGGCCAAACCGCAGAAUUGUGGCUCCGACAGGCAUGUAGAAAUGCUACUGACGCAGCCGCCGACUCAAUUGCUUUUGUUAGCAGCAUGUUCAAUACGAUAGACGUUAGCAAGGUUCGACGCUACGACUCGUUUUGUAUCGAAGCAAGUUGCUCUGUUCUUCUUCACGACUCGCUACGCCAUCCCUCGAAACAUCCAAACAAUCUUGUUUAUAUUCGCAUGGCUCUGAAUUGCCUGGGGGCGAUGACGGAUGACGAACCUGUUACGAAUGUGGCUCACUCAGUGGAACGCAUAUUGAGCGUUGUAGAGCAGUCUAUCUCUGGAAAUGAUGAUGUUUCAACAUCAACACCUCUCCUAGAGGCCGGCAUGCCUCUUUCACCCCAACACCAAACGAACAUACUUUUUCCGUCCUUGGGCCAGGCCUCGUCUUGCGCGGCAUCGAAUCUCAUCUUCCUAAGUAACCGACAAUCUCAAGCUACGAAUUACCCACUGCCAGAAACACAUCAUGGGGCUUCUCAAGUAACGGCGGAACCCCUGGCAGACCUGGAACCUCGUUUCAACUUUGAUGUACUAGCGACAGAUUUAAGUACAUAUUUUCCACUGGACAUAUACAUGGAUCAGCAUUCAGGUCAAAAUGCGGGCAUUUACUGAGUAUUAAUCCAAAUUUUUAGCUACGAGGGAGCUUUUCUUUUAAGUUUGCCCUCAUUAUUCUGGGAAUCAAACCCCAUCGAGAACAGAAGGCCGUGUAUUCUUUUUAGGAGAAUGAUUGAUGUUCUCUCGCAAAUUGCACCAGGCCGGGGUAUUAUAGUAUUCUUCCUAUGUGGCUCUUCAGUAUUGAUUAACCGGUACCAUGAGUACAUUAAUCAGUGCCAGCACUGCAGACUUGCUCAUUAUUGAUGAGGGAACUUUCACUAGUCCUGCUCUAACUUACUUGAAGACAAUAUCUCGACCUGGACAUCUUAGCCGAAAGAUUUUGAGCUUUGGUAUUACCAAUUUUGCAAAAUCUAUGGAAAAGUGGGUAUAAUUGUUCAUAGCGAGUCAUGCAGCUUCCUUUUUGGUGGCUUGUAGCUUGCUGCCUGAUGCUCUAGGUAUCAGUUUAUCGAGACGGAACCGAUCAACAAGCGUCAUAUGCCUGCCUCUCCA